CAUCCAUCCACCCACCCAUCCAUCCAUCCAUCCAUCCACCCGCCGCCCUCCAUGGGCCGGCGGGGCCGGCGCUGAGCGCCGGGAAGGCAGCGCCCGGCUGCCGCGAUGAGCGGCGGGGAGGUCGUGUGUUCGGGCUGGCUCCGAAAGUCACCGCCGGAGAAGAAGUUACGGAGAUAUGCAUGGAAGAAACGCUGGUUCGUCCUGCGCAGCGGUCGGAUGAGUGGCGACCCCGACGUCCUGGAGUACUACAAAAAUGACCACUCCAAGAAACCUUUGCGUGUGAUCAACCUCAAUUUCUGCGAGCAAGUGGACGCAGGCCUGACCUUCAACAAGAAGGAGCUGCAAGACAGCUACAUCUUCGACAUCAAGACCAGUGACAGGACCUUCUACCUGGUGGCUGAGACCGAGGACGACAUGAACAAGUGGGUUCGCAGCAUCUGCCAGAUCUGUGGCUUCAACCAGUCUGAGGAGAACACAGAUACCCUGAGGAGCAUCGCCUCCAUGAACCAUGCACCGCGGUCCUCCCCGGCAGAACUCAGCAGUGCCAGCCACCACCUGCUGCGAGAGCGCAAGUCCUCAGCGCCGUCCCACUCCAGCCAGCCCACCCUGUUCACCUUCGACUCGCCCGCCGGCCACCUCCAGAGCACCCUGUCCGCCAGUGCCCCCCAGGACUACCUUUUCCUCCACCAGUGUAUGAGCAGAAAGUCAGAAAACGCAAGAAGCGCCAGCUUCUCCCAGGCCACAAGGUCCGCCUUCUUCAUGCGGAGUGACACAGCGGUCCAGAAGCUCUCACAGGGCAACGGGCACUGCGUGAACGGAGUUGGUGGGCAGCUCCACGGCUUUUACAGCCUGCCAAAACCCAGCCGGCACAACUCGGACUUCAGGGACAGUGCAUAUGACCUCCCACGCGCCUUCGGUUCCUACACCCACCCCAAAUCGAGCCUCACCAGCUCCGAAACCGAUAACGAGGAGGUCUACACCUACAAGACUCCCAACAACACCCUAUGCAAGGAGUUUGGGGAGCUCUCCAUGGACUCCUAUGACAUCCCUGCCACCCCGCUCUCUGUCUACCAGAUCCCCAGGACAUUUACACUGGACAAGAACCACAAUGCUCUGGCUGUGGCCGCCAGCGACUCGCCCGCUGCACCACCCCCGCGGCCCCCGAAACCCGGGCAGACGGAGCCACGGUGGGGCAGCCCACCCCAGCGGCCCCAACCCGGUGAAAGCUUAGGGCUGGCCCCCAUGGCAGCCACCAUUCCCCGGAGAAACACGCUGCCAGCGGUGGAGAACAGCAGGCUGCACCGAGCUUCUUCUUGCGAGACGUACGAAUACCCCCAGCACGGGGGAGGCAGCGCUGUGCAGUCAGUCGAGUCAAUGAAUGAUGGGUACAACUCCUACCUGCAAGCCAAGGCAGUGGUGGCCCGCUCCCACAGCACCGACUCCGAGGACAACUAUGUCCCCAUGAACCCCGGUUCCUCACCCUUGAUCCACACCGAGAAAGCCAACGACAAUGCCCAAAAUCUCUACAUCCCCAUGAGCCCUGGGCCGCAUCACUUUGACCUGGUGGGGUUGUCCUCGGCCACCCUCCCCGUGCAUAAAGGAGGAGCCAUGGCACAGUGCCACAGACGGUUGAGUGAGAUCCAGCCCCCACCAGUGAACCGCAACCUCAAACCCGACCGGAAAGCAAAGCCAUCGCCGCUGGACCUGAGGAACAACACCGUCAUCGAUGAGCUUCCCUUCAAAUCGCCAGUCACGAAAUCCUGGUCCAGGCCAACCCAGACCUUCAACGCCGGCUCUUUGCAAUACUGUCGCCCUGUCUCCUCCCAGAGCAUCACCAGCACUGACUCGGGAGACAGUGAGGAGAACUACGUGGCGAUGCAAAACCCCAUUUCUGCUUCUCCUGUUCCUAGUGGCACCAACAGCCCAGCGCCUAAAAAGAGUUCGGGGAGUGUGGAUUAUCUGGCCCUGGACUUCCAGCCAAGCUCACCAGGGCCACACAGAAAGCCCUCCACCUCCUCGGUCGCCUCGGAUGAGAAGGUUGAUUACGUGCAAGUGGACAAGGAGAAGACGCAGGCGCUGCAGAGCACCAUGCAGGAGUGGACUGACGUGCGGCAGUCCUCGGAGCCCGCCAAGAGCACGAAGCAGUAGAGCCUGGGGCAGGCAGCAAAACAGGCAAAUGUCCCAGUGGUUUUCCCUGGCUGAGGCACCGCCAGGCUGCCAGCUCCACUUGGGCUUGAUUUCUAAGACUUGUCUAUGGAGGGGGUCGUCAUUAUUUUUUUUUCUUUUAGGACAAAAAGAAACUUAAUUUCAGGGGAAGACUUGGCGGAUACUGUUUGCCAGUGAUAAAGACCAACUAUGUUCGGUGGCUAGGUUUGUGCUUUAGCUGCUGGAUGCACUAUCCAGGAACUUCGACUUAGCAAUACCAGGUUUCACCCGACACAUCUUUUGCUUACAGCUAUUAAAGCCACCUUGUAUGUGCUAACACUGCAUCAUCUCUCCCCGUCUUCUUCCAUACCGUACCCCCAAACUGUGCCAUGCAGGUUUGCAGCAUCUCUCAUAGGACAUCAUUCCCCAGCUCUGAUUCCCCACUCCUUAUGGUUGCCCUCUUCUCUGCCUCCUCCCAAUCCCAAAACUGAGCAAGGACCAUUCCUUUUGAAAUCACUUUUGUUGUCCCGUCUCUUGUAAAUAAUAUGUUCAAAACCUCUGAGGGCUAUGUUCCUCCUGUUGGGACAGCCCCUGUGUUUUUGGUUGUGGUUGUUAAUCUUCAGGAGCUUGAAGAGCAUCCAGACUGUCCAACUGAGCUGAUUUAGAAGCCCAGGACUUGCCCCAUCAUCCAUACACAUAUAUGCCAGCACACGCUCACACACAUGCAUGCACGCGUGAAACAGCUAAGUUUGUUGGGGUGUGUUCUGCCUGUUGAUGCUUUCCAGCAUCUCUCAAAGUCAAUGGGCUGGAGAGAUUGGCUUUGGAUGGCAGAAUUUAAGCCCUGACCCACUGCCUAUCUGAAACCAAUUGCCUGUGAAUCUGGCCCUAAGAACCAAAAUCUGCCCUUUGUGGCACCAAAAGAAGCCCAUAGAGUGAGAGUCCUACAUCUGUGGCUGUCAUGAGAAGUUCUGUGGUUGAGUACGAGGGGCGCAGGGAGGCUCUUGAGACUCUAUAUCUGGACUGGCACGAGGAUGAGUGACAAGGGGGGAGUGGAACGCUGUUGCGAGGACGGGGAGAAGGCGGAUGCUGUACUGCAGAGGUUGGUCUUGGGUGAGGAGGUCCAGUGGGGUGUAUCUUGGAGGAAAGCAGUAGAUUAAUUGAAAUGUUGGUUGAUGGUGAGGCCUUAGGCUUGGGAAGAGGCUGGUCAGGAGAGUCAGGGCAAGGUGUUUCAAUAUUAGCUUUAAUGUAGCAUGACGGUUGAUUUGUGGUGGGUGCAAAGGGCCGGACUAGAUAUUUUCCCUCCAUCUUCAGCAAUGUUUCUUCAACACAGAAAUGGGGCUUGUUGACGUUAACGACCCUAGGCUCUAAUUAUGGGUGGGAAUCUGCUGUUGCCCCUUGCCAGCAUCCUUGACACAUCCAGGCUUUGGGAUUGCUCCCCAGGCAGCUGCCGGGUGCAGAGAGCCAAGAAGGAAGAGACCAUUUAUUCCACAGAUAAUAAUUCAUGAUCUCAUGAAAACAGGAAGGACUAAUGAUUGCCAUGGAGCAGCCUGAUUGCCAGACAGCAAGCGCUGACAUGAAUAAACAGGCUGACUGCAAACCGAGAGCCAAACAAAGGAGACAUUAGAAAGAUUAGGUAAUAAUAUUUAUUAAUUAGCUGGAGCUAUUCUUUCUUCAAGCUGAAUCCAUCCCAGCACCACAGGCUGUAUGUUCCACCAACACCACCAAGUUGUAUUGAUUAUUGAUGCUUAAGCGUUAACACAUUUGUUUAAUCUUGGUCUGAGUUGGAAUAGGCCAGACGUGACCCAUAUGGGGAUAGGAUACCAGUCCCUUAAAGGGCUGCAUGCUGGUAAAAUAAGUCUUGAGCUUCCAACAGCAGUUUAUAUUUUCUUCUUGCGUGCCAUGAAAGGUAAGGAUAUUAAUGGAAAAGCUCUGACAACCCUUUUAAGACAUUGAAGUGUUGGCCUUUUACAGGAAUAAGGAAGCAAAUAUCCUGAUGCUUAUGGUAAAAAUAAUAAUCAUCUAGGAGAAAAAAAAAAAAAGACCCCAAAGGGGAAGAUCUAGCACAGCCAGAUGCUUUCUGAAGGUUGGGGAGUGUGUUACAGCCUGCAAGGGCCUUUGCCUCUUGUUGGGGGCUUGCAUGCUUGCAUGGUGAGAGAAUGAAAUGAAGACCAGAGUAGAGUGCUUCGUAUUUCUAUAGCCCCUUUCAUCACUGCAUCUUGGGGGAGACUAAACAUCGGGCCUGAUCCAGAGCUCACUGAAGUGUGCAUUCACCUGGCUGGGAGCAAGCUCCCCAUCCCCACCAAAAAGCAAAUAUAACUCAAGUGGAAAGCUGAUUUUUUUCCUAUUUCAUCCUCUGAACUCUUAGGCAGACACAAAGGAAGAUGAGGUUGGGGGAGAAGGGUUAUGGUGCAUGCUGGAUGUAUUUUCCUGCCAAAACUGUGCUGUUCUCCUCCUCUCACACUAAAACACAGCCAUGUCUGGGGUGGAUUGCAGCAGCGAUUUUGGGAAUAGCUCUUUGUACUGCUUUGGGUCUCUCUGAGUAAAACAGUGCAACUAUUCUCAAGAUGAAACUGAGCGCAGCUCCAGGCUAAAAAAAUCUUGAACUGGUCCAAAAGCCUGGAGAGAUUAAGUGAUAGCCCAUGCUCAGAUUGAGUCUUUUUCUCCACCUAGGAGAUGGGGAGCUCAGCAAGUCUCAAAAGUACCCUGAAAGAGGGCAGACAGCAGCAGUAGUAAUUUCUGAUCGUGCAGUGGCUUGAGAGACAACACGGUGGGUUGGGAUGCAUUUUGCUGAGUUGGUGCCCUGUGCUUCUGCGCUGGGACUAAGUGCAUCCAGUGCCCACUCCCACAUUGAAUCCAAAGCGUUAAUUAAGAUUGGAAAAGCCCUUCAUGGCACUGGAGAAACUAGUUCUUUUUCUCCAUGUCCCACAAAUGUCUGUAUUUGUUCAUGGGGCAAGCACUGGUAUGGGAUAGCUCUUUUCCCAGGCUCAGACCCCCUGUUUUGAUGAUUUGCUUUCAUGAGCAUCGCCAGUAACAGGCGCUUUGCAUUUGGCAGACCAAUGACCAAAACAGCCCAAAAGUAGCUAUUUUGCAACUGCUGGUUGCUGAUCCCUCUCUGCUUUGCAGUGAGGCCUAUGUUUUCCCAGAAACAUAUAUUCCUCCAUUUUUUCCCUGCUAAGCAUCGAGCAAAUGGCCCUCCAAACUAAGUAGCAGCCCAUAGACUCUAUGCAUUGCCAUAUACACAUGACUAUAUCAACCCCUCCUGAAAGCCAUUAAGUAAUCAAUGGCUGCAGUGGAAAUAGUCAUUCCUGAUGGUUGCUGAGCUGAUUACAGCAGUCCCUGAUGAUUAAUGUUUGUUCAGUAUUUAGUCUUAAACCAUACUGAAAAGCAGCUGGUUUAAUUACACGGACUGCCAAGAACUUUGUCCUGAAGGCAUUGAGUUUAUCACAUCCACUCUAUACUUGGAUGCUCAAGUAUGACUGACUCUUUUGUUAGAAAUAGGUAUUUUAGGAAGCUGAGAACACUGCAAAUGAUUAAUUUAAUUGCAAUUAAAAUGGCUUGAGUCUUCACGUCAAAGCCUGCUCUUCAGCUCUACGGUUCCAUUUAAGAAAAGGGAUAUGCUUGCAUGUGUGUGUGUGCGCUCAUGGAGAAGGGUUGUCCAUGGGACAACCAUCAUGACCUCAAUAUUUAGUUUUAUGAAGUACCAGGGCCAUGGCUCAAAGCUCUCCCCGAGCUUUAAAAUGACUAAGCUGGUGGUUUUAAAGGCAGAAGUCUCCAAAAGUGUGUAUCCCUUGCUGUGAGUGUAUGACUGCUGCUCAUGGUUGCUUUGUCUGGUGAGAUGUGUGAGCUGUCUUGGAGCUGAUUUACUCUGAACUGACAUUUGAGUGUUUGGUGGAAAAUACAUUUACAGCUCUAAAUGGAUGCCAGGCUUAGGCUUAGUCUCAAGUUGGAGAAAGAAAAUACGUGCGAGUGCAGAUUGUGCCAGGGUAAAGCUGUGUGUCUGGCAGAUAGGGCCAAAUCUGGAGCCAGAACCAAAAGGUGGCUAAGGCUUGGGCUGACUGGAGGCUAACUGGGAUGGAUUUGGACCCAGUGCCACCAGCCACUGACAAGGGUUAUAUACAAGGUAACAUGACAUUGGGAGGAGAGAAGGCAGGGGAGUUUGCCAGCAAGAUUUGAGUCUUGCUUCUCACCAUGUGCCCCUUUGGCAUGAGUUUCAAGUCAGAUAUGUAAAGAAGAUUUGUGGGUUGUGGAGUGGGGUUUUGCUCAGUAAAAGCCAUGCGCUGGUGCGAGGGCAGCUCACACCGCUCUCCAGACUUACCGAGGGCACUUCACUCUUGAAGGGGUCAUCCCGCCCUACAACGUGAUGCCUCAGCACUCUGGCUUUCAGGGAGCCCUGGUCCAUGCACCCAGCUCUGAGCUGGGCAGGAGAAGCCCUACCAGAAAUGUGGUGGGGACGCGGACAUUCUGGGAGACACCUUGCUCCGGGGCUCCCGUGAGCUGGUCAUGGGACGGCAGUGCCAUGGCUUCACGGGGUUGUCCCGCGAGGUGCCACCUCCAUCCUUGGAGCUUUUCAAGACCAGGCUGGGUCAACCCCAUAGGUGACUCUGCUUGGAGCCGGGGGUGGGACUAGAGACAUCUCUUCCCUCCAGUUUACCCUGAGACCCUGAGCUGCUGGGGCUGAGCAGAGACUCCUCCAUGUGAGGGAAGGGGCCAAAGGUAUUGCCUAGAGCCCUAUAGCAUCUGAAACUGGGCCAGGACCUCUCCUCUGGUCAUGAAACCAAGUGGCAAUGCACAGCUCAACACCAGGGCCAUACCCCCCAGUGAGGGGACCUAAUCCACACUGGAGCCAUCCCUUACACCUGGGAGAGGGCUGGCUGGCCCAGACCAAGUCAUCCAGGACACAGACACACAGUCCAAGCAACUGGGGAGCAGCUUGAACCUGUAAAUUUUUUAGGAUAGACAUCGACCCAGAGCUCUCUGCAGCCCCACACCAGCCCCUACACCCUGGUGUCCCAGUCCCUUGAGCAUACUGGGAGGAGUUAGCUCGCUUUGGCCAUCCAUUGAGCAUGGCUCUUUGGGAGGGGUAGAGCCAUGCCCAGGUCUUACGUGGUGGUAGACUUUGGUAGGAAGAUGUUUAGCUCCCAGGUCCUGUCUGAUCUUCCUGGCCUAGGAGGCAAGUAAAAGGAUGGUUUUCUCAAGUCAUGCUUGCCUUGUGUUGAUGUUUUCCCACCUAGUGAUGUUGCUGUUCUGUGUAAAAGUUGACACUCGCCCACACUGUGUGGAGGGAUGUUGUCUGGUUGAGGUGGGUGCAGUGCAGCUGUGCCUAUGGAGAAGCGCUACUUCCCUACUGUAAUGGGAAGGGUGAAGAGCAGAGCUUAACCCCAAACCCAGCCAGAGGACACGCAUGGCCAUCAAAGAGCCAUCAAGAAAAUCAGCCGGACCAGUCCAGCAUCAAAUCAUAAGGGCCAAUAAACCAGUUUAGGGCCCCUGGUGAGUCCGUGUGCCUCUCUUCUCCGCUUGGAAAGCACUAACCUGCCCACAUGUACUCAAUGGUCUUGCAACUGUUAAUGAGAGUCUUGCAGGUAGAGACAUGCACCUUUUGGUGAUGAAUUCUCCUUGGCCUGGAGCAGUUCAUUCCUCCAUCAGCUUGUCCUUGGUGUCUCAUCCUUGUAGUCGCAAUUUUAUCUCCUUGUUCGCAACUCCUAGAGUUGUACUGUUAAUCAGGUUGCUACUUCAGUGGCUGCUCUUGAGAAAAGUUGAUAUGUAGCAAGGUGUCACCAAACAGCUUUACCCCUGCCAACCCGCGGCCAGCCAGUCCUGGCACAUGGUGUCCAAAUUUUAACACCAGCCAGCAACAUCUGGAGCAGAAUCUGGGCCACGGUGGCUCCAUCUCUUGAGUUAAAAGAACUUCUCAAUGGACUUGCUUCAAAUCAGCAGGCUCUUAAUUUUGGAUGCAGCCCAUUGCUAACAUAUAAUGGGUUUGUUUGUAGGCUAGUGGGUUGACUGUAUGGGAGAGGUUUACCCCAAGACCAGGAGGUAAGAAACCAUCAUUUUUAUUGUCGUUCUUUGGGUGACACCACACUUUAUCUUCAGGUGGGACGAGUGGGCUCAUUUGAACUCUGUAUCCCUCUUUUUCUCCGGCUUGUAAAAUGAAGACUUUUAAUACUUAUUUCCCAACUUCACAGAUGUGUUGUGAGGUGUAAUUAAUUGACAUCUAAUAAUGCAAAGAGCUGUUUUGAGUCUGCAUGCAACGGCCAGGCAGCAUGUGGUGCUACCCCGUUGUCAUGCCCAGCAUCACACAUGAUGCUGCACAUCCCGCUCUGCAAAACUCUUUAAAACCCCCUCAUCCUUAACUGCCAAGGUGGAAAAAAAACUUGGCAGGAGUUUCUCCUGAGUGAGGGGGGUGGGGGAAAAGCCAUUUGCACAGUUUCAGCAUUCUGCUGCCACAUUGACCCUGAAAAUACCACAUUUUGUUCAAGAGCCCUUUGGAUGUGGUGGCUGAAGCAUGUCGUGGAGAGGGGAAGGGAGCAGGACUCUGGGCUCCACGGGGAGCCUGCUGAUGAAUCCCGUAGGAUUAGGACCAAACCUUUAGAGUAGUUACAUCCCACCCAGCCCAGCCCUUGGCGAAGUCAAUGGGUCGCCAUUGACUUUGGGCAUCGUUGCGUGGGAACGGACCCAGCCAAAUUAGGGUAGUUUUCUCCAUUCGUUUCUUAACCUGCUGCGAAGUGGGGUCGGAGCCCUGGCUUUGAAGCCGUCGCGUUGGCAGCCAAUUCGCAGGGAUGUUUUGUGUGUUUCAAAGCCUAUGACUGUUCUUAAAGAGGAGUUUUGUUUUGGUUUUUUUUUUCCAUUUGUAGAAGGAAGGACAAGAGUAAUCUGUGGCAAACUGUACAGUACGUGUCUUCUUGUGGUGUCACUGUUUGAAUGGUUAUUAAGUUUUCAAAUCACUGUGGACAGCUAAUCACUUAAGUUAUUAAUUUAUUCUUCGGGGUUUUGUUGUUUGUUUUUUUAAAGUAAUUUGAAACAGUUAUUUAUCCUGUAAAUCGGUCUUGAGUGAAGCCUAGAUAAUACUUUUUUUGCUGUUAAUAAACAUGGUACAUCCCUGA